AAUUAGCGGAAGUCAUCGCUUCAGCGGAAACCUGACUGUCAUUUGCUGUUUCUGGCUCCUUCUUGCUACCGGGAACUGAUCCAUAAAGAAGCUCUGUUUGGACCAGAACCCGACUCAGACUUCCAGGAUGUCGGAGGAAAACAUUUUCCUCUUCGUCCCGAAUUUAAUCGGUUAUGCCCGUGUGGUUUUGGCCCUGCUCUCCUUCUACCUGAUGCCCUGCUGUCCGUGGCCGGCCGUCUUCUGCUACCUGCUCAGCGCUCUGCUGGAUGCGUUUGAUGGUCAUGCUGCACGAGCACUCAACCAGUCCACCAAGUUUGGAGCCAUGAUGGACAUGCUGACGGACCGCUGCGCCACCAUGUGUCUGCUGGUCAACUUGUCGCUGCUCUACCCGUCUUACACCUUCCUGUUCCAGCUCAGCAUGUGUCUGGACAUCGCCAGCCACUGGCUGCACCUGCACAGCUCCACCAUAAAAGGAUCAGCCAGCCACAAAACCAUCGACCUCUCUGGAAACCCCGUCCUCCGGCUCUACUACACGUCAAAGCCGGUGCUGUUUGUGAUGUGCUCCGGGAACGAGCUCUUCUUCUGUCUGCUCUACAUCCUGCAUCACAUGGAGGAGCCUGCAGCCUGGCUCUACUGGCUGCAGGGACUCUGUGGGAUCAUCUGCCUGCUGAAGUCCGGCAUCAGCGGCCUGCACCUCGUCACCGCCUCCCAGAACAUGGCUGCCCUGGACGCCGCUGAGCGGAGUAACGCAGCGAAGAAGCAGUGAGGUCAGGAGAGGGCAACAAAUCCACUUUGUUCUCUGAAGGGUCGCAGGAGAACGUCUACGUGAUUUUAGAGAUGAUUUAUGACCAAAUAUUUGGACAAAAAAUUCCCAAACCAGUCGGGUCUGGAAAGAUUUUGGAGUUUUUUUAUUUAUUGAUUUAUUUUAGGACCUCGUGGUGACGAAGAAAAUUCGUCAUAAUGAGAGUUUGUUGUUAUACUUGAUUUGUUAAACGGCACUGAAGGACAAAUCCCAGGACACAACCCACCACAGCACAAUCCGUCACGUGAUAUCACAACAUGCCAAGACAAAACAUGUCACAUGACAUCAAGUCAUGAUACAUACAUUAUGUCAGGACACGUCACGUUGUGUCAGGAUACAUCACAGCACAGGCCAUCAUAUGACCUCACGACAUGCCCCAUCAUGUUAGAACACAUCAUUUCAUAUCUACACGCCAGGACACAUGUCAUGUCAGCACAUGACACAGCAAAUUACAGCACGAUCUGUCUUGUGAUAUCCUGACACAUCACAUCAGAACACUUCAUGACAUGAUCUGUCCUGACACCAUCCUAACAUGGCAUGUCAGGACCCAUCAUGUCACAGCACAUCGCAGCAUGCCUCGUCAUGGCAAAGCAGAAUUUCUCGUGUCAUAUUGCAUCAUAUCAGGACCCAACAUGGUACACCCUGUCACGUCACAGCGUAAAACGUUGCGUCAUGCUAGAACGGUUCUACCGGGUACAAAAAAUAGAUUUUCUUUACUAAGAGCAUGUCCUAAAUUCAGUCCAAACCUGGUGGACGCUCACAGUAACCGACAUCAAGCCGUUUAAUGGCCGACAAACAAUUUCCCUUCAAAUUUAAGUCACAUUUAAAGGUCCCAUAUUAUACAAAAAUUACUUUCUAAAGGUUUUCUAACAGUCACAUGUGUCCUCAUAGCCUGUGUUUGAGGCCCCAAAACAAGAAAAUUCUGUCUCCUCUCUCACUUGCUCCACUUUCAGCGAAUGUGUGCUCAAACGCAAGUCUGAGAUCUUUCUCUUUGUGUCCUCACAAAGGGAAAUAACCUCUACCCCGGUAGUAAAUACUUCCGUUGACCCGCCCCCUCCCAGCUAACUGAGCCUGCCCUUUAAAAUCACCGAGCAGGCACCAGCAAAAGUGGGAUCUUGUCCCAGAGAGGGGCAUGGAUACGAACCACUUAUAAACAUUUAAAGGUUCAGACACAGAAACAGCCCGUUCCCUGUAGAGCUCACUAUGGCUGAAAUUUAAAGACCAAGGCUGAAUUUGGAGAUAUGCACUUAGAAAACAAAGUUGCUGGACCUACCCAUAUGAAGUUGUUGAGAGAAUGGUUAAUAUGGGACCUUUAAGGAGGAAACAGAUAUCGUGUCUCUUCCUCUGAGCAACCCAUGCCUCCUCCAUCUGAGACAAAUCACAGGAUUUAAUUUAUUUCUUGUCCUGCUCAUUCCUGAAAUCAGAAAAUACGUCCUGCUCAAGUUCCAGACUUGUUGCGACAGAGCUGCAUGUGAGAAAGCAAAGGUGCUUCCCAAAGUCGAGGAAGGACCCGGAACAGCCUCGUUUCCGCCUCGUCCAAUCUCCCUGAGACUGUUGGUCGACUCAGUCCUUCAACCUCAGCAGUGCUUCUGCAUCUUUUAAGUACCCACAAUCCUUUGCAGAUGAACAAUCAGAGGCUGAGGAAAUGCAGAUUUGAGGUUUUUUGUUUAUACUGUGUGGUGUAAAACAAGGCUGGGAAGCUGCAGCAGAUGGAGGGAGGCCAGCUUCCCCAGUGUCCAUGUCCACGUGUCCUCCCAGCGCCUGCUUAAAUGAAUGUAUCAUCUAAAACGCGUCUGAGGGAAACAUCUCGACUUUGAGAAGCACCUUAAACGCCCCGACUUCCUCCAUUUGAUGAAAACAUUCUGCACUUCUGCAGAUCCCGGAUAUUUCCAGGAGCUUUUCCCAGCGUCUCGCUUUCUGAUAAGAAUUCCGGUUAUUUCUUCAUCAGACGUUUGGACCCGAGCCGCCGUCGCCCCGACCGUCCGGAGAACUCAGCCGCCGCUCGUGUUCCUGUCGGCAGCGAGAGUGAAAACGUCAUUCCUCCUCCUUUUUUGGGGGAUUUGAUCCCUCUUUUCUCGUUAGGCAGCAUCUUUUUUGUUAUUAAAGACGACGUGAACGCGCUGCGCUCGGCGCGUGUGCUGAAAUAUUCCUGUUUGUAGUUGCAUCCGAGCUGUUUGUUUUUCCUGCUUACGUCCAGAUUCCCGCUGGUGUUUUCCUCUUGUUCAGGUGGUUGUUGGUGCUUAUUUGAAAUGUACAAUUUCUUUUUUUUAAUAUGGUUUAAGAGGUUUUCUUUAUUCAUAGGAACACGUGAGGAGCACCAAGUAUUAUGUCGGUGUGAUUGAGUUCACUUUUUAGAAUGUAUUAAACUGAAAGUGUAUUUCUACAUCAAAGUAUAAAGCUAUAUUUAAGAGAAAUGUAGUAAUUUAAAUAUUUGAAGUUUUUUUUGUGUUUAAAUGUCCUGUAAUAGCAGCUGCAGAAUAAAGAGACACUGAACACUU